CCUUUAGUAGACUUAGAUAUUCUGUGAACUAGCAGAAGUCCUGAGUUUUGUGAUCUCAGAGGGCGUGAAGGGUUGUAACGUGUUAGAAGACUAGUUAGAUACAUGGGAGCUGAAGGAUCCACGUUACCCUGGCGCCGGAGUGAACAGCGCCUGACCAGGCCACUUCCUGGGUGCGUUGGGCCUGGACAGAGAAACACACGGAGUAGAGGUGGAGGGAGUAGUAAUUACACUAGCCGGGCUAACAGGCUAUUUAUGCUGGCCGGCAAGAAGCGGACGCUGGGAAAACAAAUGCAUAGGCUGUAGCGAUAUCAAAACGUAUAUCGCGAAUUUGUAAGGUUUAAGGUUUAAGAUGUAUUGCCGAUGUGUUCGCCCUUUGUAAAAAGGUAGGGAAUAAGAGUAUAAUGUGUACUAGCGGAACCGGGCUAACAGGCUAGUGAUGCUAACCAGCUAGCAGCGGGCGCUGGGAAAACGAAUAACUAAAGAUAUCAAAAGCUUAGUGUCGACUACUGGCAAAGGGAAAAGCCAAGGAGGAAUUGCUGAAGUUGCUACAGAAGGAGCAAUAUUGAUGGCACUAAUUCCCAUAUUCUGUGCUUCCUCAUUUGCAGUCCAUCCAAAGCUUGAUAGUCUUUUAUACUCCUAUUCCCAGCAAUUCUUUAAAACAUUUUUAACUGGAUGACUAUCCAAGUGUCCCUAUACAGUGAUCCAAUAUCUCAUCUUUAAUUUGAGCCUUCGGAUUUCCAGAGGCAUUUCACCCAUCUCUACUUGUACUGCUGUUAUUGGAGACGUUCUUAUUGCUCCACAACAUAUUCGCAUAGCUUGUGAUUGGAUUGCCUCAAUCUUUAACAGGUGAGUUUUAGAUGCAGAACUACCUGCUGCUGCUUGCCACACCAUGUUCCUGUUGCUGCUGCUGCUGCCACACCCUUUCCUCCUGCUGCUGCCACACCCUCUUUCCUCCUGCUGCUGCCACACCCUUUCCUCCUGCUGCUGCCACACCCUGUUCCUCCUGCUGCUGCUGCAACCACACCCUGUUGUUCCUCCUGCUGCUGCUGCAACCACACCCUGCUGGGCAGUCUGUGAGAAACAUGACGUGAGAAACCAACCAAGUGGAAGUCCUUCAGUUUCAGCCCACAACAACCUCAAGCCAAUCGGUGGACGGAUAUUAUAGAACAUCCCAGUGUCUCCGAUUGGUCCCUCCGUUCGUAUUAAAAUCCUCCUACAGAAGUCUCAUAUGAACCUGUGAUCUAAAGUUAAAGCUCUUACCUGCUUCGUGCUGCACACAAUAAGAGUUUGAGAAACGUUCAUUGUGAAUCUGUAACUCUUAUAGGACUUUCUGGAACACCAUGAAGUGGCUUUUAAUUCCUUACAUCAUUGUGAUGGUUUACCUGCUGAUGCCGCAGUGCCAAGCCUUCAUCGUCAGAGAAUCGAUGGUGAAUGAAGCCCUGACCCUCCCGUGUAACUGCUCAGGAAAUUGUCCAGUGGUUCGGUGGAUCCGCUUCAUUCCUGACAAAGUUGUCUUUGUUCAGAGCUGGAAGUGUUCAAAACAAGAGAAUUUUAACGAAAGAUUUACACUACCAGAAGAUACAAGCAGAGGAAAUUUCUCCCUGAUGAUCAGUUCAGUAGCCUACAAUGAUGCAGGCUCUUACAUGUGCAGAUGUAAUGAAAUAUCAGUGACUGAAGUAAAGCUGAAAGUUAUCAUUCCGACAGUUGUAAAGGCUUUCGAGGGGAAGAACGUCACUCUCCCUUGUUACGGAGACACUCGACAAGUCGUUAAAGAUGUAAAGUGGAAGAAAGAUGGACAUGAGGUUCUGCUGUACACUCCUGCAAACAGAUGGAUGACUAAACAAAACAGAUUCACGUUGUCAGUAGAAGGCUUCCUAGACGGUGAUCUCUCUCUUCACAUCAGUCCAGUUCACCUGUCUGAUACAGGAUUAUAUCAGUGUCUCAUCCACGAUGAAUCUCAGGACGGAGAACCACGAGCUGUGUUACUGAAGGUAGAAGGGCAACAACAAUUCACAACCACCAACAGCGCUCCAGUUUCAGGAUGGUUUGUACUGCUGGGAUUGUUCAUCUCUGUAGGGAUCAACAUCAUCGUCCUGAUUAUUUACAUUAUGAGAAAAUGUAGAGACAAUCCAGAUUUAAUCUAAGACUGCAGGAUCUUUAGCUUUCCUGUACAUCACUGUUCUAUUGUCCUGUGUGUUCCUUUUAUUCUGUGUGUUUA